ACUGUAGGUGUUAAAAUGGCCUGAUGUAGAGUAUGCAGAAAGGUGAUUUCUAAUCUAAACUUCGAGAAACAUCUUCUAAAGAAACACAUGAUGGAUAGAAUACAGUACAAAGAUAUGUACGGUUCACUGGAGUACACUAGAUUAGUUUAUUACAGGUGUAAGGUUUGUGAGGCUCCCUUGAUAUUUAGCUUUGAAGAGAUUGGUUUCCAUGUUAAAGAACAUCAUUCUCUAGACAUUCAAGAUUAUGAAAUACAAUACAAUGCUUUUGAAUCAGAUGAUAAAAUAGGAUCAAAACUUGAGGUUCGAACUAGCUCUAAGUAUAGUAUAGGAGAGGAGGAGAGAAUCUACUCUUCCUCCCUGGAUGAUAUGUGUCUGUUCAAGUGUCAAGUUUGUGAUAAGAUUCUCUACCAUAGUCUCCUAGCUAAACACAUCUCUAAGGUACACAACAGCAGUAAGCUGGAGAAUCUUGGGAAUAAACUAGAACAGAGGGAUAAUCUAACUCUUCAGGUAGAGAGGUUGACCUACUACCAAUGUAAACUCUGCCCGGCGCAGAUAAUAUUUACCAUUGCUGGCAUACACAGUCAUUUAAAACUAACUCAUUAUAUAUCUAUUCAGGAGUAUGCUGUAAAGUAUAAAGGAUUUGAUCCUAAUAACUCUACGCAACCUUUACCUAGAAACUAUCAGAAAACAUCACUUCUUCAGAAUCACCUCACAGAGGGAAGUAUUAGGUAA